UCUUUGUAUGCAGUGUAAUACUUACGUGUAUAUCUACCUAGGCAACCUAGGUAUUCAAAUUCAAUAGGUACCUUUACAUGAAAUUCGUUUAGUAAACUUAUUUUAGUUUUCAAGUACCUAUUUCAUUACAUUAAUUCAAAUACUUUUGUUCAAAUGAUAAAAAUCUUUUGAAAACAAAUAAUAUUAACAUUUCAAAACUAUAGUUCAGUCGCUUCUUUCUCAAGCGAUUAACAACAUGGAAAACGUAUUUCAAGAUCCCGUUCAACUUUCCAAAGGCAUCAAUUUAAAGGAGCUGAUGACCACAGCGACAGAAUUCCAUAUCGACAUGGAUUUCAAGAAGAAACAGAAUGGCAUGUCAAUCAAUAUGGAUGACGACUUCUUUCCUGACAUGGAUGGUGAUGACAGCGAUGAAGAAGACGUCUUGAAAAACAUUGAGGAUACAGCGGACAAGUUGAUGCUGUCUUCCCCGGAGUACCAUUCCUUUGACGAGCUCUCAAAGAAGAUGAUCGACUGUUCGAUGUCCAAUGGGGCUGUCAAAAUUCUCAUUAUUGAAGAAGGCGAUGGCCCUUUAGUCCCCGUCGAUGCAGAGGUGACUUUACACUACGCAGCGUAUUGGGAGAAAUCAAAUAUACCAUUUGACUCUACUCUCACUAUGAACGGAGGGACACCUUUGACCAUACGCCUCGGCAAGCGCAGGAUCCUGCCGGGGCUGGAGCUGGGUCUGACCAUGGUGCACGGGCCGCGUGCCCGCGCGCAGCUGCUGCUGGCGCCCGCCGCGGCCUGGGGCCCGCGCGGCGCUCCGCCCCGCAUCCGCCCCGAGCGGGCGCUCUUUGUUAUAUCGCUGUACGCGGUCAGUGAUGUCUACGCUAGUGCUAGAUUCAACGAUCUACCAAUGGAAGAGCAGACCAAGUUUGAGGUCACCGUUAGAACUGUGAACGGGCUCCAUGCAGAGGCUAAAGGUCUAUUCAGCAAGAAGCGAUACAAACGAGCAAUCAAGACCUAUCAACAUUCCAUGUCAGUGUUGGGCCUCUCACGGCCGAAAACAGAAUACGAAGAGGACCAGUUAAAAAAAUUAAAAAUUACCACAUAUAUCAACCUAGCCGUAUGUUACUGCAAAGUGGACAAACCAAAAUAUGCCCUGAUCAUGUGCGAGAAUCUAGACAGAAUAAGCAACUUGGAUAAACAUUGCAAAGGUUUAUUUUACUACGGACGAGCACACAAUAUGCUCGGGAGACACGAUGAAGCAUUGACCUAUUACAAAAAAGCUUUGAAAUUGGAACCGAAAAAUAAAGAUAUUGGCAAAGCACUGGCCGAUUUGGAUGCAUAUUUAAAAAGUUCCGCGAAAACUGAAAAAGAAAUCUGGCAGAACGCGUUCCAGUCUAGUGUCGAAGAGAAAAAAGAAAAAGUUGUCUAUGCCGUGGAUGAGGAUUUUCAAGAUGGCGUCCGGGAGAUGUGCAAAGAUUUGGCGGGAAGGAGCGAAUAUGCGAAGUUUGAUUUGCCAUUAGGUUUAACGAAGGACGAAGUUGAUUGUAUAAAGAGUUUAGCCGAUGAUUUUCAAGGAUUACACGUGCUGGAAGAUGGUGAAGGGAAAAGGAAAAAAGUUAGCAUAGUUAAAAAAAUUUCGAUAUAAGCAACCAAUCAGAAACGGGUGUCCAUAGAAGUCAUUAAUCUGUCCCGUUACAAGGACACGUUUUUAACACAUGUGAAAUAUUCAGAAACUGAGAUCAGCAAAAACAAAAGUUUAACAUUAAAUUUUUAUGAAAUAAUAAUUUUAGGUAAAAAUAAAUAUUAAGCCUCGUCAGCACUAGCGCCUUAUCAGCUUGAAAAAUCGUUGCAAUGGUAUAAUAACUUGUCAUAUAUCUGUUCACACCUCAGCGCAUUUUAAGCUUUUCAACGCUCGUACUAACGAAGGCUUAGAUUUAUCUAAGGUUACAUUUAAUCCGUAAUAUUUUAAUUCAUCAAGACGUAUAGGGGAAGAAUUUAAACCCUUUGGUAAGAUUACUCAAAACAUGUCUCCAAAGACUGACUUUAGCAUGUAGGUUUUCUUAGUGUUUUAAAAAAACUCGUGUAAUUUAAAUUAUUGUAAUUUAAAAUAUUUAGAAGAUAGUGGUUAUAUCGACGAGCUUAAUACUUAAUAUGUAUUUUAGUUGUUUUAUAUUCAUAUUUUAAGAUUCGAUGCCAGGCGAAACUAGGCUCUGUCUUGUUGUUUAGUGCAGCAAAAGUUAUGUAAAGUACAAAAUAAAUAUGGCUGUUUUAUUAUAUAA